AUGGCCCAGCAACAGCAUUAUCCCCCUCCUCCCAUGUCGGCACCGGCACACGUUACAUCUUUCCCCGGGCCUCCACAAACAUCUCCUCCUUCCAAUUUCAACUACCCACCCCCGCCGACACAAUCCCCUCCCGUGAAUACGCACUAUCCCGGCCCUCCACCAUCAGUUAGCCCGCCUGCAGUGAGCCCACCUCCUAAUGAAAAGCAGGCGAAUUACUAUCAACAAGGCUAUCAACAAAAUGUUGCUGUUAUCCGUCAAAAUUCGGCAGUUAUGCCAGGCGCACUGCCCCAGGGACAAUUCACCGGCGCCACAUCGACAACUGAGGAUAAUGUUGGCACCUUCAACGGAGGCAGUUAUCGGAUCAGUCACCGUGAUGUCAACUCGCUUUUGACAUUACAGCUAGCAAUGGGCUGCCCAUUGACUGCAAAGCCCGGCGUGAUGAUUGCCAUGUCUACAACCAUGACCCUCAGAGGAACUGUUUCAUUUGGCUGGAAGAAGCUUAUUGCAGGUGGUGAAAUGACCAUGUCGCAAUAUACUGGCCCCGGUGAACUGCUUAUUGCGCCUUCGGUGCUGGGCGACAUUGCUGUCCUUCGCAUGGACGGCGAACAAGAAUGGAAAAUCGGAAGGGAUGCCUUCCUUGCGUCGACAGCCGCAGUCAAACAUAAGUACCAGGCACAAAGUAUUGCCAAGGGUGUCUUUUCUGGAGAAGGUCUGUUCAUUUACAAGAUCACUGGUACUGGGCUGCUCUGGGUGCAAAGCUUCGGCGCAAUUAUCAAGAAAGAUCUCAAGGAAGGCGAAACCUACUUCAUUGACAACGGUCACCUCGUGGGAUGGAACUGUAAGUACAAGAUCGAGCGUGUUGCUUCUGGUGGAAUCAUUUCUGGCCUAAGCUCUGGGGAAGGCCUUGCCUGCAAGUUUGAAGGCCCUGGAACGGUUUACCUGCAGACGAGGAACUUGAACGCAUUCGCCGGCCAGAUGAAGAUGAGUACUGCUAGCGGUUAA